CGGGGCCGCGCCCGACCGGCUAGGCGGGACUGGAGCCGGGCGGGAGGCUCUGCUGGAGCCACAGCCGCAGCCCAAGCCGCAGCCAGAGCAGCUCCGAGUCCGAAUCCGAGCUGUAGCACCGGCUCUGUUAGAACCAAGCUGAGAUCGCCGUCUGGCACCGGUGGAAGCGCGGGUUGGCGAGUCAGCGCACAUCCCGGGAAUUAUCGGAGGUAACGAGCUGCUACCACCCCCGGGUACCACCAGUCGCGGAGCCAGGAUUGCCCCUGACAGGCCUGGUCACAGCCUGAGCGCGCAGGAGGUCCGAGAGUCAAGAUCCCUACCUCAACGGCCUAGGGACUGAAGAGAAGAAAGAGGAUUCCAUCUAAGAGCAUACCGUGGGCUUGGGGCAGGGAGGAAAGUGGAGACUUCAUCUGGCACGGGCAGAGGUGCGCGGAGCUUAUGAGACCAGGCUCGUGCCUGGCAUCCCAGCAGCCACAACCUCGUCUCUACCUUAUCUGAGCCAGAAUACGGAUAGCCUAGCUUCCAGACCUUGGCUGACCCAGGGGACCUGGCACACAGAAACGAUACCCUCACCUGUCUGAGACCAGCACUGGGUUCAAGGAACCAGGAUCCGGCCUGGCCCAAAGUGAGUAUCUCUGGUGACCCAGAACUGCUCACUGGGGAGUCUGCCUUCUGCCCCAGCUCCACUGGUGCGAAUGUGCCGCUGCCCAUUGGAACAACAUGAAGGCAGGAUGACCUCAGCGGAAGCAGUGGCAGUGACUGGAAGUACUCGGGUGACUGGAUCCCCUGAGUGGCCCCCUGGCAGCCCCCAGGUCCUCAGGCAACCUGGCCGGGCCCGGGUGGCUGUGGCAGCACUGGUGUGGCUGCUGGCAGGAGCCAGCAUGUCAAGCCUCAACAAGUGGAUUUUCACAGUGCAUAGCUUCGGUCGGCCCCUGCUGCUCUCCGCGCUGCACAUGCUGGCGGCAGCGCUGGCAUGCCACUGGGGGGCACGGCGCCGGAUGCCAGGGAGCACACGCCGACGAGUCCUGCUGCUCAGCCUCACCUUUGGCACAUCCAUGGCCUGUGGUAACGUGGGCCUGAGCACUGUGCCCUUGGACCUGGCACAGCUGGCUACUACCACCACACCACUGUUCACGAUGGCCUUGUCUGCACUGCUGCUGGGUCGCCGCCACCACCCACUGCAGUUUGCUGCCAUGGGCCCACUCUGCCUGGGGGCAGCCUGCAGCCUGGCAGGAGAGUUUCGGGCACCCCCUGCAGGCUGUGGUUUCUUGCUGGCAGCCACUUGCCUUCGAGGUCUCAAGUCUGUUCAGCAGAGUGCCCUGUUGCAGGAAGAGAGGCUGGACGCAGUGACCUUGCUGUAUGAAACCUCACUGCCCAGCUUUUGCCUGCUGGUGGGUGCAGCACUGGUGCUGGAGGCUGGUGUGGCACCACCACCCGUCCUUACAGAUUCCCGCCUCUGGGCCUGUGUCCUACUCAGCUGCUUCCUGUCUGUGGUCUACAACCUCGCUAGCUUCUCCUUGCUGGCCCUCACCUCCGCUCUCACCGUCCAUGUGCUGGGCAACCUCACCGUCGUGGGUAACCUCAUCCUGUCCCACCUCCUGUUUGGCAGCCGCCUCAGCACCCUGAGCUAUGUGGGCAUUGCACUUACCCUUUCAGGAAUGUUCCUUUACCACAACUGUGAGUUUGUGGCCUCCUGGGCUGCCCGCCGGGGGCUGUGGCAGAGAGAACAGCCUGGCAAGGGUAUUUGAGAUCUGGAGGAACUCAGAGCCACACCCAAGACAGCCUCAUCUUGAAUCCAGUCUUGGCCAAUGUCUGUGAGAAAAGUGGAAAGCAGGAAGCCACCAGGCCAAGAGAAGGAGAGGCGCCUUCUGGAAGGACUCCCUGGGAGCUGGAAUGGUGACUCCCAGAGAGACCCACCUCCUGUCCCUAUCUUACCCUGUCACAGGCCCCACCCACCACUGGAUGGUGGGUCCAAGCCUGGCAUAGUCACUGUGCUUGUUGGACUAAUUAUUAUGAUUAGGAUCAACUGUUAUGCUGAAUUUGCUGGGCAAACUUUGAAAAUCUCAAUGUGCUAUGAUGACAACAAUGAUUCUUGACAGUUGUAUAAUCCUUCUUCUAGGGGGGAAGGCAGUGAGGGGGUUCCAGGAAAGGGCUCUUCACUGCCGCUUCCCCCAAGGACUUGGAGUAGUCUGUGCCAACUCCAGGCAGCUGCUGCAGCCUCAUUCCUGGCUCUCAAUUUUGGGUCUUCCAUCCUCAAAUAAACUAUUUUUGCUUGGA